AUGUCUUUGGUACCAGAUUCUAAGGCUCAAGACGAUGUGCACCAGGAGGCGACAUCUCAACCCGCCACCGUCACUGACUAUGACAACCAUAUGGCCAAAGCCGUCCUGCGUAAGAUUGACUGGAGACUACUGCCGCUGAUGUUCAUCACUUACAACUUCAACUUCAUGGACAAAACCAUUUUGUCUAGCGCUAGUGUUUUUGGGUUGAGGGAGGAUACUGUGAGUGCCGUGGACCUUCUCAAAGCAUCUUCGCGGACAGGAAUAUUCCUGGGUCAGCUCGGUACUUUGGAACCUCGCACAGAAGAAAUGAUUGCAUGGCUAACUCAUCCGAAAAAGGUUUUUUACUUUGGCUAUUUCUUCUGGGAGUAUCCCGCAACCUUGCUUGUAGCCCGCCUGCCUGUCGCCAAGUAUCUCGUUGUCAACACUUUCUUCUGGGGUAUUGUCGUCGCCGUCACUGCUGCAUGUUCCAACUAUGGCGGCCUCAUAACUGUUCGCUUUCUUCUUGGAGUGGCUGAGGCUAGCAUCACGCCAGCAUUCAUGUUCAUCACGACAAGCUGGUGGACCCGAGAUGAAGUACCGACAAGGACUGGAAUCUGGUUUGCGGGCAACAGCAUUGGUGGUUUAGUCGCCAGCCUUUUGGCGUACGGAAUCGGUCAUAUCGAGCGUCCAUUGUCCCCGUGGCAAUGGAUGUAUAUUGUGCUGGGUGUUACGACUUUCCUUUGGUCUUUCGCUAUCUGGAUAUUUUUGCCUGAUCGAAUCUCAUCAGCAACGUUUUUGACACCAGAGGAACGACAAUUCGCGACCGAUCGGGUGGUGAUUGCUGGGACUGGAGUAACCGAAAAAGUGCCAUGGAAAUGGGACCAGAUGGUGGAGUGUCUCAUCGACCCAAAGACAUGGCUGACCUUCUCCAUCGCACUCCUGACCCAGAUACCAAAUGGUGGUAUCCAGAAUUUUGGAAACCUGGUGAUCAAGUCCUUUGGAUUCACCUCGUUGGAGUCCACCCUCAUCGUAAUCCCCUCCUCAGUCAUCGCUGCUGGUACAAUUUCUGGGACGGGGUGGCUGGCAGGACGUUUCCGCCAGCUCAAUUGCAUACUGAUUGCAACUGUCGUGCUCUGCGCCACGAUCGGUAACUCGCUGAUCUAUGCACGUCCAGCGACAUCGAAAGGAGUACAGCUCUUUGGUUAUUUCCUGCAGUCUACUGGCCCUGCUGGAAUUCCUCUCACCAUGUCUCUCGUCCAGGCGAACUACAAAGGCGUCACGAAGAAGAUGACUGUGACGGCAAUCAUGUUCAUCGCAUAUUCUGCUGGAAACAUUGCAGGACCACAAUUUUUCCGAGCAAGUGAGGCACCACACUACCAGACCGCGUUUCGAGCCAUCAUGGUGUGCUACGCCCUUGUGGUCGCUUUGAGCUUGAUGUUAAGAUUCUAUUUGCAGUUCGAAAACAAAAGGCGCGAAAAGCGUGAAGGUAUCAAGGGAAGCGCGGGAACUGGCGGUGUAUUGGCUGAUGGAAAAGUUGUGGACACUGGGGACCGAGACGUGGGCGGAAUGGUGAGAGCGGUGCAUUUGUCGGAGGCGGAUUAUGACGAUGUCACAGAUUGGAAGACAUUCGGGUUCCGUUAUCGUUUGUAA